AUGAUAGGCAUGUGCUUUUACAACCAGAAGAGAUUUGCGUGUGGGGACUGGAGCUGGACCAGCUUUGCCCACCGGUGCAACUAUGAAUACCGCACCGGCGAAACAUGCGGGAUGAGACUCGUCAACAUGACCGAGGAUGAUCGCAGCAAAUGCCGCCUUUGCGAGAAAAUCGAAACCAAAUACCGCCGGCGUAGCGCCGAGGUCGACCGGCUGGAACGGUGGCAACGCGAAGGUGGCACACUGGUGGCCUCGAUGGACCGGUCCCAGAAACUAAUUAUGGAGCUGGAAAAAGAAAUCCGCACACUGCAGCGGGAGCGGGACGACCGCAGGAGCACACUCCUCAGAUAG